CAAAUUUGGAUUUGGAACCCCACUCCUUCUUGUGUUCUCAGACAACACCGUCCUGCGUCGCGUCGCGUGGGGGGCCCCAUAACAACCCAAAGCACAUCCCGAGGACACUCUUGUUGGCGUUCACACGCUCUCCUUUGUGAUGUGGUGGCUUGUUCGCAGCGUUGAGCCGGCCGGACUGCGAAUGCUGGCCCUGCAGCGACAUGUGCGCCAGUACUCGUCCGCCCGAGCACCGCGAGCCGUGUCGCUGAGCGGAAUGGCCCGUCUCACUCUGAUGCCGGAUCCAGCGACGCAAUCACCUGCAGAUCCGGUGCAGAAGGCCUGGCUGGCGACAAACGCGCGCGGUUUCGCUCUUGGCAGGCCGCCGACCGCGCCUGCGCCAUCGUCAUCAUCAUCGUGGCCAACGACGCCGCUCGAGCCAUUCCCGUCCAAGAAGCCGUCGCUGCUCUGGCGUGCCGCGUCACAGCUUUUUGUCGGCGCGGUUGGCUGGUGGAGCAUUCUAAUGCUGCGGUUUUUCGAAAAGACGCACACGUACAAUCUCUCCGCCUUGAGGCAUGCCUUGGAUCACCGACCUGCCGGCACUCCACUGAUUACGAUCGCCAACCACGUCUCUUGCCUGGACGAGCCACUCAUCUGGGGCACACUGAACUUUGCCGAUUUCCAACCGCACCGCAUGCGGUGGUCGGUGGGCGCGAGCGACAUUUGCUUUACCAACCCGGUCUUUUCCUUCUUCUUCGGGGCAGGCCAAACGCUGCCCAUUGUGCGAGGUGCUGGAGUCUAUCAGCCUUGUAUGGAUUUUGCAGUCGAGCUGCUCAAUGCUGGUCGAUGGAUUCACAUCUUCCCGGAGGGCAAAGUCGUUCAAACUGGCAACAUGAUCCCGUUCAAGUGGGGCGUCGGGCAGCUGAUUGUAAGGUCUGCGACAACGCCUGUCGUCGUGCCAAUCUAUCAUCGAGGGCUGGAAGACGUCUUGCCGGAAUCCUUCCGACCUCGCAUCCCACGUCCGUUCAAGCGGGUAGAUGUUCUGUAUGGCGAACCGAUCGAGCUCGACGAAUUGCUCGCAUCUCACCGAAAACGAGGCUCGGACGAGCAAACCAUGCGCAAGGCCGUGACGGAUCUUCUUGAAGCGAGGAUGCAUGAGCUGAAGUGCGAGUUUGAGCGUCGAGUUGCCUGA